AUGAACCGCUCUACCCUGCCCGACGGGACGGUCUUCAUCGCGGUCGGCGCCAUCCUUGGCGUGUUCGGCCUCGCAAUUCUUGCGUGGCGCGGCAUCGUUGUGUGCCUCCUCCACAGGUCCGUCGAGCGGGCCAAUCUAGAACAGCACCGCCAAAACGAUAAGGCGGCCACGUUCCCCCCGCCUCCCGCGCCGUUCUACAAGUUCCUCGACCGCGAUUCUUCGCCCUCUAUACCCGGCGGCCCGGCGACGCGGAAAUCCCACCGCGGGCCAACUCCCUCGGCCACACCCAGUCAGACGAACCUCUUCUUCUCCCCGACAGCCCAGGGCAGUUCUUCUGCAGCAGGUGUUGCCAGCCAGGGCAACCGGGACUCGCGGUUCCUGCCGCCGGGCUUCUACGCGUCGUCCGCUGCCGCCACCGGCGCACCCGGUCACGGCCACGGCAAUUCUAUCAGCAUGUCCAACCUUAGACCGGCGUCGCGGGGCGGUCACGUUUCAGCCCCCGGCUCUUCGCCCCCAGACUCCCCGGACAUGGGGCCGAGGAUGGUGGGCGGCUCGCGGAAUUUCAGCUCCAGCUCCGUCAACCUCAACAGGCCGCCUAGCGGGCGGGCCCCGAGCGCUUUCCUGGACGACCUGCUAGACGACCAACCGGGGCAGUUCCCUCCC